UGUGAUUUCUUCAUGUAUGUAACCCCUUAAUUGCAUGUUACAGUAGGUAAUCCGUUUUGCAAAAAGUUCCUCGGAUAGAUCUGAACAUUCAGUGGCCGAUUUUGUAUGCAUAAAAGGCCGAAGGCGGAAAUUUGAGUAAAAUAUGCUGUGGAAUCUUUCGGCUUAUGGGCUCGAUGAAAAAAGGCUUCUUUUGGGUCAAUAUAUGGCCAAAUCGGUGCAGAUUUGGCGAGGUUGUAGAGCAAAAGGCAAUUUGCUGGAAGAAUUUCAUGAUUUAAACCAAGAUUUGAACCGAAAAUCAUCCAAAAGUUGUGAUUUUGUUUUAGAAAAUCGCCAAAACUGCACCGAUAUGGCUGACAAUUUUAUCAGGGCCAAAUUUUGACCCAUAAAGAAGCCUACCUAGAUUGAAAACUAAAAGCUUGAUUUUUUGUUUUUAUCUGUUUUCAUACAAGGCCAAAAACUUUUUAGGUCGAUAAGUUCCCGGAUGGAUUUUGCUCAAAUUCCGGCCAGUGCAUAGAAAGUUGACAAUUUAAUGUUCAGAUCAAUCCGAGGUACUUUUGCAAAACGGAUUAAACUACCACCACUUAAAAGUAGGCCUCCUUUUGCUUCAAAAUAAGACCCUGGUGAAAUUUUCAGUCAAAUGAGUGAUUUGAUUUUUGAUUUUUUCAUACAAGGCAUGCUGAGCUACCUUGGCAGUGAGGUUACGGGGAUUGCCUUGUAAGCGGAAGGUAAUUGGUUCGAUACCUGUCUGGCUCGGCAAAGUCUGAUCCCUUAAAAUAGUAUAAAUCUGUAGGGGAUGGGUUUCGACUGACGGCGUGCUGGAUUUCCAAUUAAGAGGUCGAGAGUUCGUUUUUCGCACCGGGAUGAUGAAGAAGGAUAAAAAUUAAAAACCUCUCGGCCGAUAGGAUGGAUUUUGCUCAAAUUUCGGCCUAUUUUUGAAUUUUAUAUCGAUCGUUCUGAGGAACUUUUUGCAAAACGGAUCACGCUUAUGCUUACAGAUGUUUUGCUUUGUUGAUUUGUUUUGUUUUUCUUGGUAGGUAAAAGGGUGAAAAUUCAUUUUUUUUCAAUUAGCUGGUUCGUUGGAAGAUCUUUCAAAAUUGACAAAUUUUGUAUUUCCCUUUAGGUUAAGCUGUUACAUUUGUUCAAAACUAUCCGGCAUGUGGUCAUCGUUUCGUCGUAUGUUGCCCGCGUUGACGGUGGGCGUGGCGAACGCAUUGCUCUUUGGAGCUUGCCCAGCUAUGCGGAUCUGUCCCGUGAUGGCCUCUUUCAUGGGCCUUGCCCCUCAGGACCCUUUGUACGAGUUGAAACGGCAGCACUCGUCCGUUUGGAGCAAAAUCAAAGAAGGGACCAUUCGAGUUUUUGGUGGAAUGGUUCAGGCCGGAAUUGGGCUGACCUGCCUCGUAGGAAGUACGUUCCCUCCGGCUGCUCCCUUUUGCACUGUUGCCUACGUAGCCGGAGUGUUUGGAGUGCAGUAUAUUGUUGAGAAAGCAGUUAAGAAAUGUUACGGAAUGUGAACGGAGGUGUUGAUUCUCGUCUGCUGUGUUAUGUUUUA